GAACGCAAUAUAUCAUAUACCUACAGUGUGGCAUAUAUAAUAUAUAAUAAUGGGAAAAUGGCAGUUGCGCGCAAUUGUCUGUUUAUAUUUAUACUUUGUUUUUUUGCGGAUUAUUAAUUGACCUUGGAAUAAGAGUGUUAAAUUUUGGAACUGCGGGACAAGCCCAGCAUUGAGAUGACUGAAGACGCUCGCACUGAGAAAGUACAACAUUGAAGACACUGGCAGUGACAACUGACAAAAACAAAGAAUCCGUGAUUGAGUGUUACUAUUAUUCUAUCAUUUUCAUGAUUUCUCUGCGCUUGAACCUUCAACUCUUCUGAUAAAAAGUGAGGAAAAUCAGAUAAUUUCACGUUUUCUCGUUGGAAAUUUGCGUUUUUGUUUUGUAAUCUAUACAAAACACAAAACUUCUCGAAACUUCCAUCUCCAAGUGUCAACUUUUGUUUGUCAACAUUGUAACAUCAUCAUGUCAUGUUCCCACUGAGAGUCAAGGGCACAAGGAUCAGGAUUAUGGCAGACGAGGUGCUGCCAGCUAGCCUAGAAAAACUUGAAAUUGAUCGAUUGUCAACCAGUUGUCCACACAGGAGCAGGAGCAGCAGUGGAAGUAUCGAGGAAUCAAAGUCUUCAAACCCCUUCCGUUCAAACGGUCGUGGUAAAAACCAAGACACAAGUUAUCUGUUCAGGAGAAAAUCAAUGCCAAAUCGAGCAACACCGAAUUUCAUCAGUCCACGUGGUGUUAAACCUACAACGAACUUUAAGCCAUCAAAAAGUGAUAAAAUUAUCGAUCAGCCAAAAAAGAAUUGUAUAAUAAGGGAAGCUGUUCUUAAACUCAAUGAUAAUGGAACUUCAAACAUUUUGUGUGAAUCAAUUGCAAGUACAAUGCUGAAAGAAACAUGUAAAAUCAGUAUUUCGAGUAGGCGAAAGAAACACUCACGUACAUUCGGCCAUGGUUCGGUGACAAAAGACUUUAAAGCACUCAAUAUUAAUAAUGAACGGGUAGUUAAAGAUGAUACGAGUUUGAAUGAAAGUUAUAGUUCUAAUAGUUUUAAACGCGCUAGAAGCAAUACGAUGCCAAGUUUGAAGAGCGCUUCUGCUGCUGCUGGUGGUGGUGGUGGCUGUAUCAGUAAUAAUAGUAAUGAACCAACUUCAUCAACAUCUGGCCAAUCGACAAGCACAAAUACAUGUUCAGUGCAAGCAAGAAUAUCACCACCAUUAUCUUGUGAUGUUACCAUCGAUGAACUUGCUAGUUACUUUGAAGAAUUCGUUCAUAUCCCAAAGAAAAUGUCGCAUAUGGCCGAAAUGAUGUAUAUUUAAUGUACAAUGUAUUAUGUACCACUUAUUUUCAUUUCUCAUAAUAUUAAUUUACUUCCAUUGAUUAUAAAUUAUCUGCGCAACAAAUUUAAUCUCAUAAUUUCUUGUUUUUUUCAUGGCAUGCAUUCUCAUGUGUGAAAUCUAAUACUUUUUGCAUUUUGAAAAAAAUCAUUUAGUAAUGUCAUAUGUAGUGUUCGAAAUAAUGUUAGUUAUUUUUUUUUUUGCGCUCCGUGUAAUUUUGAUCUUGUCAACGAGUCGAUUUUUGUCACUAUAAUGUCAAUGGCACGGUAUUGCAUGUCACCUUAUCGUUGAGAAUGGUUUGUAUUUUUUAAGAAAGAAGUGAAAAAUUCAUAAAACAAAAGUGAAGAUAAUAAGAUUCAUUUGUCCGUCAUUGAAAGCCUCAAUUCUAUCACAAUAAUGAUGAAUUGGCAGCAAAAUUGUCAUGAUUGGUUGAAGUAUUAUACAUAAUAUAUUUAAAUAUUUAAUUUGCAUAAGCAUUUUACGACAAUGGUAGGUAAUUAAUACAGCGAUAUACAAAGUAAUCAUUAAAUUACUCCACAAAUACAGUAAUAAGCUUUGGUACAUGAACAAUCGUGAUGAACAAUCGUAUUCUCUAUGAAUUAUUUGUUUCUUUGUCAAUCCAUCAGGAAAUAUAUUAUGUUUAUCAUCGAA